AUGAAUGAAAUUAAUCGGCAAAGGUCUCAUCUCGACAUGUCUCAUAUAUCUGUAGAGCCAAUGCCACCUUUUCCAUCGUGCACUUUACUUAUAUACAUUACUGGUGUAGUUUUUGGUGGCUUUUUAAUACUUAUUGGUUUUAUUGAAGAAGUUACAAACAUCAACCCAAUGCUUGGCUCAACUUUUUGGGUUUUAGGAGCUUUGAUUUUCAUACCGUCAAUUUAUUUCACAAUAUUGCUCAUCAAGCUUCUGAAAAUUGAAAUCCCAGCGGAUUUUGUGAGAAUAGCGAAAGACAUACCACAACUAUAA